AUGAAAGAUGAUCAGUUGAGUGUUUCUAUCAAUGACAAAGGUAUUGGUUCUUUUCCACCUGAAAGGAAGGAGGGGAAUGACUUAACUGUAGUUCAAGUGGAAAAGGAUAAAGGGAAGCAUUUAGUCACUCAGAGAAAACAGUCUCCUUUAAAAGAAUUACAUGAUGUAAUUUCUCAUAACAUUAAUGUUGCUACAGAAGGUGCUCAGAUUCAAGGCAAAGGAACUUUUAAGGAGAAUGUUGAUGAGUAUUCAAUAGAGCGGGUCCUUAAUCAUGUGGUAAAAGAAGUUAGCAUUUCACCAAAAUCCAUGCAGAAAGGAAAUAAGAAGGCCAAAAAGCAAGUUGUAACAGAUACUCAGCCAACAAGGAGAUUCAGAAGAAGGCUGGGCAUGAGAUUUGCUUAUCACUAUUGCAAUGGUAAAAUAUGGUUCUUUGUGAAUGACAAUGUAGAUAUAGAGGGAAUACAAGAUUCUGAGCAACAAAUAACUGUAAAAUUGUUUUUUCAUGAAUGGAAUAGAGCGUUGAUGAUUACUAUGGUUUAUGCAAAGUUUGAUUCUCUUGAAAGAAUUAGUCUGUGGGAUAGUUUGUAUAGUCUUGCUGAUCAAAUGGAUAUGCCUUGGCUAGUAAGAGGAGAUUUCAAUGUUAUUAUGAAUGAAGAUAACAAGAUUGGAGGUUUACCUGUGUUCCUUGCUGAAUAUGAAGAUUUUGCUGUCUACAUUAAUUCAUAUAGGAUGUUUGCAAAUUCCAGUUUACAAGAAUGGUUUGGGCAUACGGAGUUGGAACAUUUUUCAAGAACUGGCUCUGAUCAUGACCCUUUACUACUUACUUGUGGUGAUACCUCUAAUCAUGUAAGUAAACCAUUUAGAUUCUUGAAGUUUUGGACAGAGCAUGAUUCUUUUUUGGAGGUAGUUAAUCAAGGUUGGAAUACUGAUUUUGAAGGAGAUGAAUUUAUAACCUUUAAAUUGAAGCUGAAGAGUGUGAAGACUGCUUUAUCUGGUUGGAGUAAGGAAACUUUUGGUGAUAUUUUCAAGCAAUUGACAGUCAGGGAGGAUAUUGUCAAGAGGAUUCAAAAUCAUGAAGGUGCAUGGAUUGAUGGAGGUACGUUAUUGGCAGAUGAGGCUGUUAGAUUCUACCAUCAUCAGUUUUAUCAAGAAGGUGCACAAUCAGAUUUUUCACUCUUACAACAUGUUCCUAGUAUGGUUACUCAGGAGUUUAACAAUCAGCUUAUAAGCAUGCCUACUUUGGAAGAUGUAAAGAAAGCAGUCUUUGAGUUAUCUGGUGAAAGUUUAAGUGGUCCAGAUGGUAUGAUUGGGAGUUUUUAUCAGGUGUGUUGGGAUAUUGUAGGUGCUGACGUAUACCAUGCGGUGAAAGAUUUCUUUGAAGGACAAACCUUACCAAAAUCCAUAACACAUACCAAUCUGGUACUUUUACUAAAAAAGGAUAACAUUAAGACUUUUGUUGAUACGAGACCAAUUAGUCUCAAUGACUUCAUUAACAAGGUUAUUUCUAGGGUGGUACAGGAUAAGCUUAAAGUUAUUUUACCUUCACUAAUUUCACCUAAUCAAUCUUGUUUUGUAAAGGAAAGAUGCAUCAUUGAAAAUUUCCUUUUAACUCAAGAAAUAGUGACUGACAUUAGGCUGAGGGGAAAACCAGCUAAUGUGGUGCUUAAGCUUAAUAUGGAAAAGGCAUAUGAUAGAGUUUCUUGGAUGUUUUUAGUAAGGGUAUUCAGAAAAAUGGGAUUGGCAGAAGUCUUCAUAGAUAUAGUGUGGAGAUUGAUUGCAAAUACCUGGUAUUCAGUUCUACUUAAUGGACAGGAAUUUGUUUUUUUCCAUUCCACAAGGGGUGUCAAACAAGGAGAUGAACUUUCUCCUGCAUUAUUUAUCUUGUCUGCAGAGGUGCUUUCUAGAGCAUUGAACUCUUUAUUUGAGUACAAUGGUUUUAGAGGCUAUGGUAUGCCAAAAUGGAGUGCUAAACUAAAUUAUCUUGCAUAUGCAGAUGACACAAUCAUCUUUGCAUAUGCAGAAAUAAGUCUUUAG